GCGAAGGUAAAAUAAACGAUGCAUUAUGUAGCAGAGAGGAUAGCUCCGGUUUCAUUGAUAGCGGUCGAUGAAGCGUAGCCGAAUCAGGAACGCGAUAUCGUUUGGAGUAAUCGCUCGCGUGCAUUCUCCAAGCUUGGGACGCGGGGCGCGCGACCCCGCGUUUGCCGCGCAGAGUCGAGCCGAAUCGUCGUCAACUUUAUCAACUUGAGCAGCGAUCAUUACCGUAGAUUUCUUAUUGUUCCGCUCCUAGCUACGUACGAGAGGAAAUCUAAACGGUCUACUAGUCACCCUCCGGAUACCCGCGGAAAUCGCGGAUAUGACGAUUGUCCUGCUGCGUUGUGUCGCUUCUUCUCCGUUUUACCAAUAAGACGAGGAAAAUCGCCGCAACUGUUUCAAACACACACACACACACACUUCCUUUCUAUAUCCAGUACACGCGUUUAGCCUUUGUUCUCGCGAUAAAUCAUCGAACGCUUCACUAACUUCGGAGUUAAGGCGUUAUCUAUCGCUUACUCUCGUUUACCGAUUUAUACGCAUCGCGAAGCAAAAAAAAAAGGAAGUUUAGGUAUUAAAACUGAUGGUACUGUACGGAGUUUGUCGUCAUUUGGGUCAUUCGAGUCGCGAGAAAGGAAUGAAUUAGAGCCAGUGGUUCGGCUAGGCGCCAGCUGGUCUCGAUGAGCGAGUCGGCCAGUCAGGUGUCCCACGUCCGCCCCGCUAACAGAGGGGGCUCAAAGGGACAUAGGUUCCCGCUAAAGAGGUACGAUAAGACACGACGCGUGUGCGAUGACAAGAGAAUAGGGAAAAUAAGAAAAAAUUUUAUAUUAUCUCACCACGAUAAGAUAAUAACCGCGAAAUACAAUCGAUUGGAAAACACAUGAGCGUGCAAUUGUCACGCUCGAUAAUCGAGGCAAUUUACUUGGAUCCCUUGGAGGAUUACCAUCCGUGCCAAGCGAUCGAUAAACAAAGAGAUGUUUUGUGGAGGAGGACGUAUAUGAGAUCAUGUCUAAUUUGUCAAAAGAAUCGGAAUGGAAACUAUCUAGACGGUAGAUCCGCCGCGGCGUCGUCUAGGACUCGAGGAAUCAGUCAGUUAUUGACGCGCAUACUCCUCGUUGAGUCGCGCGAGCGUAGCUAGGCGUAACUAGGCGAGUUAAAAUUUCAAGUUUAAUCAGCGUCGCAGAAAUCUCUAACUAAUCACGAGCACUUUUGGUCAUCGCGCGAAUCAAGGAUGAUUAUCUCUGCAAAAAACACGAAAAUUAUAAAAGGGUUUGCGCGUCUCUCGAGAAGCAACGCGUGUAAUUUAGAGCAAUUUGGCGAUUGCAUAUAAUUGAUGAGGAUGCCUUUUACUUGCCGAUGGGGCCGCUCGCGUCGCGUCCGCAUAUCCGAGUUAAGUAGGGCUAAUCACCGGGUUGCCGAAGCUCGGGAACAUCAAGAGCCUGUCUUCUAGCGCCGAAAUGCCGCGCCGCGCCGCAUCGCGUAUACACUUACGUUGGCCGUAUACUAUAUAUUCGGGAUGCCGGAGCCUCGUAAGAUACAUGUACCUGGGCCCCUCUGUCCAUGGAAUGGCAGGGCCCCCGGAGUGAAGCUCUCCGCCUGCCUAUUUCCCAGAACGAGGACCCCGGCUCUCCAUUGUUCUUGCUAAUUGCCACCCCGCCGUAACCAACCAGCAGCGUUGGCCGCCGGCAACGGCGUUCCCGCAACCCGCUUUCCGAAUCGUCUCCAAUCGUCGUCUCUCCCUUUCUCAUAAUGCUCGAAUAGAGCUCGGCUCGAUAGUUACAAGUCCCAACGCAAAUACCACCGUCGAUAUUGUACCUUUGUAAAAUGAAAAUUAACCGAAAGCCGGACGAGCGGGAUUAGGCGGAUCGUCCCACACGCCCUAUCGUCUCUCGUCCCUCGCCCCUCGCCCGAAGGGAAGGUUCGCUCAUCGUGUAGCGAAAAUAUUUCAGUUCUUGACCUGUUUCUCUUUCAAACGAAUGCAUUUUAGAAACAAAGUGGUUACUUUCGAGGACGAGAGUAAUCUCUAUGACAUUUGUUUAUACAUAUUGUGAGGACAAAAGCAUUCCUCGUACUUCCUUAGGGAUCACGCAUAAACCUUGAUCGUCUUUAGCUCUUCAGCGAUGCUGACAGUUGAUGCAGUUAAUUGACAGUUUUGACUCGAUUAAUGCUACAGGUAUAAUAAAACCAAUCGAUUCAGUUGGUUGCUCAUUGUUCGUUUUGGUCAAGUAAAUUUAUUCGUUUUCCUUUCAAAUAAUCAUGUGGCGAAAAAAAUCAAUAUUCUAAAUUCUUAAUUUUUCUAAAACUUGGAUUAAACUAUCGAAUGGAACGCAAGAUUCUAAGUUCAAAGAUUUUUACACCGAAAAGGUGGUUCGAUGAAAGCGUUUCUCACGAAUCGUUGGACGGAGCGCCGCGGACCGGUCCUCCUCUUCGGCCUCUUCAUCAUCAACGCUCUUUCGACCACUCCUUUCGCCUUUCCACGACGAUGAUGAGCCGCGGCCGGUCCUUUUUCCUUUUCGCAUAACUCCGCGGAUUCGUAUCGCUUCCACUCGUCCCUAAAACACUGAACAGGUGUCUCGUCGUGUCACCGUUGCCGUGAUUCACUGCCGGAAUCACUGACUCGAUCUCCAUUUUAUUUUUCGAUUUGCCAUCCAUUUACAAUCCUAAUCGCUACUUUAAUACUUGCACGGUAUUCCAUCUCUCUGGAUGCCUUAUUUUUUUUCGUUAGCUUUUUUCCUUCAAAUCACGUUUAAUAAGCUGUUGUGACUCGAAUUCGAUGAAAUACGCGAUAGAAAUAAACAAAUGCGAAUGUGUCAUACACAAUUUUAAUACUUUUCAGUCGUGAUCAAGUAUGGCUAGUACGGAUAUAUGUAUGGUUACAGCGCGGCGUAACUGCGAUUAUUUAAUAAAUUUACAAUUCUUUCAUUCUCUUCACGAAACAGAGACGCGAUUCGUUGUCGCUCUCACGCCAAUUACCGUUAUGCGAACUGCGCUCGCGGUAACGCUAAUUAGCAAAGCUUGCUAAUGCAAUGUUUGGUUCAAUAGAGAGAAUUCGCAAUAUACUUAUGCAAAGCACAUCGCCUUGCGUAAUGUUCUCGCGAGUUACACGCACGAAUAUACUUGAAGAGAGAGAAAGAGAGAGAGAGAGAGAGAGAGAGAGAGACUCGUUAGACCUCGGUCGUUGCGCGCAACAGACCCUGGCCGACACUGACGUACACUUUAGAUACAUCUUACAUGUCGCGCAUAUAUACGCAUACAUAUGGGUCGUCGCUCUUCUAAUUGUACGUACAUACAUACUAGCACGGUGCUCGUUGCUCGUAUACGAAUCAUAUGUCGGAAGUCGUGAAGCUGCGCACGCUUUCCCCAGCCGAGGAUCGAAUAUCGCCGCAGUUUAUUCCGUUAAUCUUUUUAUCUUUUAAUCCAUCUUUUCGUCGCAUUUGCGCUUAUGAUACUAGAUAUAUUAUCGAGUACUUAUCUCUCGUAACUCAUUGUCAGAGAGUUUACAUUAUCUCGAUCGCGCUACCUUAUAUCGAUGAACAAUGACGAGCGUUCACGAGGGAGACAAAGAAAAAUUGUAAAAAUGUACUUGGCACAAUUAAGAUGGAUUCUUAAUUAUAGAUGUUUUCGGUAUAUAAGCCAAUAUUUUGGAGGAAAAGUCAAAUAACAUUUAAAAUUAUACCUAAUUUAUUGAAUUCAUUCAUUCGACUCGACGAGUGUAAAUGAAACUGGAAUGCGUUGCACAAUAAUUGAGAAAUCGAUAAAAUUCGAUUGAUAUUCAUUGAUCGUCGUUACACGUCAGUCUCGCCGGUGGGGUCCUCCAAUAAUAUCGAAGGAACGAAAAAAGAAAUGCAGGCGCGAUGAGAGAGACCGGACCGACCCGCGGCGCGGCGGCGGCGGCGGCCGCCCAGGGAAUAAUUAAUAUACCGUAGACGCAUAACGAACGACUCUGCGAUGCAGUCUGUUUGUUUUCGGAUGGUUCUUCUCCGGUCUCAGGCUUAUGUCGGUCGUAUCUCUCUUUGGUCGGGCCCCUCGACCUCCCGCUGCUCUUCUUCCCUCUUCCCUCUUCCUCCUUUCCCUUUUUUAUUUUAAACGCGCGCGCGCGCGCGCGCACACGCGUAUGGGCCUGUCCUCAGACGGUCGACUUUGAAUAUUUCUUUUAGAAGGCUACCGUUCUUUAUUUCGACUCAACCGCUUUACCGGUAUGUUUUAAAAUGUACAUUUUUAAAAAUGUGUUUAUCACAGCUUGAAAACGAAUGGCCAAGUGAAUGAGAAAAAUUUACUGUCUGUAAUCUCACUGGCAAACUUAUUUCUGACCAUUCGACGUGAAAUUGAAAAAUCCUCCAAACUUCCCAGGCUACGUGUAAUUUCUUCAUUUACGACGCGUGUUGUAAUUGUAGCAACGCGAUAAAGUGGUGAAAUGGAGAUAUUCUUUCUCUCUUACGUGAUAUUUGAUCAAGAGAAUUAUAUGGAGAGAUGUAGAGAGAAAGAAGAUACAUGAACGCAGAACGGAGCAGCGUGCCGCAUGCCUCUCUCCAUAUAUAUUCUCUCCACUUUAAUCUUUCUUUUGUGACUCGGCUGUUUUAGCGUUUUUUAGUCCCCGAUGAGCUGGACCCCGACAGGCCGCGAACGGAGGGAGAGAGGGCCGGCCAGCCGGCCGACCGGCCGACCGGCCGGCACUCGCAAGUCUUUCGCUCGCGAAGGAGGAGCAUGCGAAAGAGAAACAGAGAUAGAUUCCUCUAAUGUAAGAGAAGUGAGAUGCUACUGCAAUCAACCGGAAUGCGUUCCUCAGGGAUACAUGUGUCGUGGUAGGGGCUGCUUCACAAAGUUACCAAAUACACCGCUCUCAAAAGCGGAUCAUACUGCUCACAGCGGUUGCCUCGACGACAACUUGAAAAGUCACCAGUGUCCCGUAGGAUUUCUCUGCUGUGACCAAGAUCUCUGCAAUCACGUGGACAAUCCUGCGAUGAGAAAUAGACUCAAUAAGACUCUACGAGUAUUUGGCGAUCAGCGAGCGUACUUGGCCCCAUUACAUCCAAACAGUCAUGGAAGUCAGGCGACUGACGGCUGGUUCCCGACGGCGACGAUCAUCGUGGCUAUCUGUGGAUUUAUCGUCUUGCUGAUGAUCGCUAGUUUAGCUGUCAGAUGGCUUCAGCCUAUGCCGGCGCAAAACACUAAUAAAUUCGUGCCACAUCGAACAUCCGAUAACGGGCCGCCCUUACUUGGAUCACCAAAAGUGCCUCUGGUUUAAGAAAUUUCGUCAUCUUCGAGCAAAGUUUUCCGUGCGAUAAGAGAUGUUCUCUAAGUGAUAGUUUUAAUUAAUAGAGCUGGCUGCGCUAGUUUGGUAUAUGACUCGUGAAAUAAAAUUAGAUUUGUGCCAUAUGCAUACAUUUGCGUAGCGAAGAGAUCCGUGUACUUGUAUGUUUAUCUUAAAAAUGACAAGUACAGACCGGAUAGAUCUCUUUACGAGUAAUCCUUAUGUCGAUUAUGACUUUGUGUCAUUUUCAUUGAUUUCUUACAAUAUGAAAAGUAUUUAUAUGAAAAAAUAGACAGUCUGCAAUUUGCAAGGUUUUACAGAGAGCAGAGUCAUAUAUCAAGUCCAGCCGUAAGGGGCUGUCUAGGAAGCGAGCUAGCGGGCCGUCAAAGGUUCCAUUUGGCUGUGAAUUCUACGAAGAAAGCAACUAUUGUAAAUUAUAUAUCGUAACCAUAACGUAUUACUCGUUGCAUUUCCUCGAAACGUCGACGCGACGCGAGCGUUGUCGCAAGAUCAAAGAGUGAGAAUGGGUCAAGAUUUUUCGAUCCUUUAAACAUGACAUUACAUGAUGACACAAAGUACGAUACGUUUUUCUGUGUCGCUGUAAGAUUGUAAAUAUAGAUAUGUAUCUAUGUAUUUUUUUAUCAUCUUGAACGACACAUUACAAAUUUGACGAUAUUAUUGAGUUACGAUGAUGUGUGUGUGUGUGUGUGUGUAUGCGCGCGCGUGUGUGUGGGGGGAGAGGGGGAGAGAGAGAGAGAGAGAGAGAAAGAAACGUUCGUCAACGAUCAUUAAAUUCUAUUCGCUAAGAAUAUUAGUGCAUAAUUUUAAUUUACGAUAUGGUACACGCACCAAUAAAAUAAGGAAAGAUUAUAUUUCGUUAACGAUCUAUAAGAAUUAUUCCUAUAGAUGGAAAGUAAAAUUUGUGAUCAACAUAAAAUUUUUUGUCCAAGUUUGCGACUCGAGUCACAGCCAUUAAUUUUGUGAAAGUGUACUUUAUGUUCUUUAUACAUAUUUUCAAGCGGAUUUCACAUAAAUAUUAUAUUGUGAUAAUACGACAUAAUAAUAAUAGUAAUAAUAGUAACUAAACAAACACAUGUAGGUCUGCCUAGACUUUGUUUUAUACAUGUUACUUGUAAGAAAUAAAAAGAAAAAGUUAAAAUA